UGGAUGGAUGCGUUGAUGAAGGACGGACCAUCAGUGUCGAUGUGCGACCACACUCAGUGAAUGCACGUGCGUCAUGCCAUGCGAUAGUCAUGUGCCAAAUCCUAAGGCCUAGCUAGGCCUUGUCUGUGCCAUCCGUCCGUCACUGCCACAGCAAGGCGAUCACGAUCUCGACCAGACACUCGAACCUGAGUGGCGGAAAUACCACAUGAGCUUGGUCCAAACACGCGACAACCAGCUUGCCUGACCCCCACACAGACACACCCGUUGGUUUGUCUGCCCGCCCACUCGUCCACCCACCUGUGUGGGCUGUUGGUGAAAUGGCGGCAGCGGCACACUCACCACACGGCCUUGAUCACCCCUGCAAAGCAUCACGGACAGACGCAUCCAGACGGUGGACAUGCAAGGGUGUCUCCUUUUCGUCAUGUGCUCACGUCUGUCUGGUAGAUGGCGCCACCAACACAGGGGCAUUCACAGUGGUGUUCGAUUGGACGGCAUGGGACAGGGGCGCCGUGCUGUUGCUGUCGGUGACUGCAGCGUCGGUCUCCUUGGUGUGCGAUCGAUUGAAAUGGAAGAGGCCCGCCACAGUGUGCUCCUCCACAGAGCUCCAAACACGCUGCAGGUCACACAUGGAGCCAACUGUGUGUAUGUCCGUCGAAACGGCUGCCUCUCACCUCCAGAGGCGCCAGGGAUAGCCCCCACCAUGUCUCGUUGUUGCUUAUCAGAUUCGCUUUAGACGUCGCCACACUGAAUGGACGAGACAAUGCGCAGCAGAUGGUUCCUCCCCCACACGCUUUUGCAUUCAUUUUUUGUACCUGUGUGGUGCGUUGCGAGCCAGCUCCCAGGUGAGCUGUUUGUCCGCCUCCCGCACCGCGUCUGCGGCGGUCAUGGCGUCCUCGCCCUUCCCCGCCCCCUCCCUGAUAUCGAACCCCCCUUCGGUCUCCAGAGUGCCCCGGCUGUGCUGCCCCGUCUGUUCGGUCAGGUUGGCCCGAUUGAUGAGGUGCAUGUGGGAGGGCGAUGGCUUCCCAAAGGUCUUGAGCGAGCCGACAAUGGGCUGGUCGGCAGAUGCAUUAUUGGCGUGGAGGGCGGCCUUUGACGGAAUGUCAGUCGUGUUGGCGGCAGCCUUGAGAAGCUUCCCGUCCGUUUCAGGUUUCUUGGCAACAAGUUUCCCCCCAGCUGCUUUCUUGUCGGGCGAUGAUUUGUCGCUUUUGCUGCCUCCGGCCAUGUCAGAGAAGGGCAUGUAGAAAGGCCACGCCGGCCACCAAGAAGAGGACGCAGCACUCGCAUCUGCCUUAAGCGUUGCAGCCAUCUUCCCCACAGACGGGGAAUUUUUCGCCUUGUUGCUUGCUGCCUUUUCCCCGUCGCUUUGCCGCACCGCAGAUGGCGAGCUGGCGAUAACAACCUUCCUCGGCUGCAGUAGUUCCGCCUUGAGUACUGAAAUCUCGGUGGUGGGAUCGUUGAGCUCUUGCUUGAGGGUGGAAGUGACAGAGCGGAGGGAGGGCUCGUAGUAUGAGGAGAGCCACUUGGACAGGGAGUUGCCGAACUGCCCAACGGACUGGUCGUCCUGCAGGACGCUCUCCAGAGAUGAGGCCUCGAAUUGCGCCUGCAGCAAGGGAGAGAAUGGCAGGUGCUGUGAUAUCAGUCUUGCCAUCUGUGUGUGUGUGUGCUGUGUUGACCUUGUCCUUUAUCCGCUCGAAGCUCUUUUUCACCGUAUCGGCCACCAGGCUGCUCAAACGCUGAAAGAGCAACACAGCAUACACACCAGCAGAUGCAUCCACACAUCCCAUCCACGGUGACAUCCAUACGGAAUGUGUGUCUGGUGCCUUGUCACUGACUUGUUUCACCUCAUCGACGCCCAGCUGUCCAUUGUAUUCAAUUUGGUCUUUUGAAGGGAUCCACUCAUCCAUGAGGCCAUCCGUGACCUGGGCCGCCAGCUCAGCCUCGAAGUUGGCCACAACCCUCCGCGCCUCUGCCGCCUGGGUGGUCUGCCUUGCAUCAUGAUGCCGACGCGCAACACCUCGCAGUGCAGAGAUGGGCCCAAUGAUAAGAUGGAUGCUCGCAAGGAGGAGAACAAGAGCCGCUGACGGCAUCCUGAU